AUAUUUUAAGUAUUGUCUACUAUGAAAUUUGUUAACAAAAACGGAAAAGCCGUCAGUAUACCAACAAUAAAAAAUUGGGAAAUCACUAUUAAGGGAUUCCAAACAUUAUCAAAGGCUUUACACAUUAAGGGGAUACAAUCAUUACUUCCCAGAGUUUUAAACCAAGAUUCUUUAGAAAACUUAUUUGGAGGCAUUAGACGUGUUGGAUGCUCAAAUCCUAMGUGCAGCACUUUCAUGUCUUCAUACAAAACAUUACUACUUAAUAAUUUGUUUUCAUCUCACUCACCUGGGGCAAAUUGUGAGGAUUUCACUGAAGGAUGUUUACUGACGUACAAAUUUUCCAUUAGACAAGAAACUCCAGAAAUGCCACUUCUUUCGUGUGAUUUACCUGAACAAGUUAUUCCUAACCAGCUUGAUACAACUCAGUAUUUAAGAGACCUCACGCAUACAUUUAUUUCUGGGUAUAUUAUCAAAAAAAUUAAUAAAAACUUAUUAAAAAAUUGUAAAACAUGUUUAAAACUAAUAUGCUCAAAUAAUACAUCUAGUGAAAACUAUGAGCUAUUACAAGCUAGAGAAUACCAACCUUCUCGACCAUCUUUAAAAUAUCCAGCACCAUCAUUUGGUUUAUUAGUUAGUAAAAUAAUUGUCAAUAUCACUCAAUGUUUACCUUCUGUAUGCCAUCACACCAAAAUUAAAUCAAUUCUUAUAGAUAAAAUUCUUUCAAAUUUUAAUCUAAGUAUUUUACACUGUCCAAAGCAUGAUUAUAGUAUUCAAUAUAAAAUUGCUGAAUGCAUUGUAAAUUUAUUUCUUCAUUUUUGGUGUACCGAAGUUAACAGGAUACUGUCAGGAAAGUGUAAAAUUAAACACAAUGAAAAAGACCCCAUAAAACUGUUAGCCAACUUGUGGUACGAAAAACACUCUAAAAAAAAAGGUAAAAAUCUUAAUGUGGUGUGUUCACCAUAUAAUAUUUUUAUAUGUUCUUCUUUCAGCUUCGUCAACAAACUGCGGUACAAGGAGAUCAGUGGCAACUAUAACUCUGGUAGGCGAUCAGACGUUCGACCCUAG